AUGCAGCAGCCAUGGAAGCUGCGCGUUCUCGCGCUAUGCUUAGCAACAGGUUUAUCUGGUGUAUCUGCUCAAGACUACACCACAUCCACAUAUGACACAACUCCCGGCGCUGAGGCUUCUACCGAUGUAGGCCUGCCCAUUGUUGAUCCUACUCCCUCAACCGAGGUGUCUCUACAAGAGACUACAUCGGCGCCUUUCGUGGAAGGUCCUCACUCAGAAACUACUUCGGAAGCUCAUGUGGAACUUGGGACCAGCUCUGUAGCCAACGAUGAGACGAGUGUUCCUCUUGUUCCUCAUACGGAGGAGACCACUCCAUUAGUUGAGUCUGCGACAGAGAGUGCCCACCAAGAACCAUCGACCGAGACUCAGACCGAGACUAUUAUCCCUACCAUUGAGUCACAGUCGCAGCAGCCUGACUUUACUACUGCCAUCAACAAUCCAAUUGACACUACCACCGGUCCUGUGGAUGUUGUUGAUACCACCACUGGUCCUAUCGAAGCUCCCACUCAAUCUGCGCAGUCCGGUCUAGUACAAGAUACGACGACUGACCAAGCGUUGCCAGUGACUGAGGGUACCACCAACAACCAGCCACCUGUUAUCUCCACGGAAUCGACGGAAGCUGCCGGGCCCACGUCCGAGGUCGAUGCUGAGCCUGUGAUUUCUUCCGGAUCGACAGACUCUGCCGAAACCACUGUCCCAGAACCUGCUCAAGAGAACACUAUCGAGACUACUAGUCAAGCCGCCGAGCCUACCACCGUGGUCGAGCCCCAGGAUCCUUCCACGGAGCCGGCCGAGAUUCAUACAGAAUCUACCACUGAGCAAGAGGCCCCAGAGCAUACCAGUGAGGAGGAGUCUCCCGAGCAGACUACUCAGUCAAAGGAUGCUGCCGAGACUACUAUUGGCGGACCCGACCCCAAGCCAACAGAGGACAACAACGAUGGCCCUUCUACCAAGAACCAGCCUGGUCAAACUUCUGCUCCUGAUGAGCCUGAAAAGACCACAGCUCAUGCUGAACCUACACCUACUGAGGAUGUUAUCGUCACUGGAACCAACGGCGCUGUUGUGACCUACGUUCCUGAACAAGACAAGGACUUUUCUGACUUUACUGGCACUACUACCACUACCGAUGAUGGCGGUGCUGCUAUUGUCAUUUUCCCCGGCGGUUGGUUCUGGAAGCCUUCUGGUAACUUGCCUGCUGGUAUUCUUCCUGGUCCUCCUGUGUCUAACCCUGGCCCUAUUGGUGGUGGCGGUGGUGGUGGUGGCGGCGGUGAUGGUGAAGGAGAUGGAGAUGAUAAGGAUGAGGACGACAAGCAGUCAACUAAGGAGGAAGAGGAGAAGUCAACUGCUGAGCCCUCCGAAACAACUGUUCAAACGACCGCCAAGUCCACUGAAGCAACUACCACUUCUACUGAGGGAUGCUCUGCCGUUGAGAUUGAGGAUUGUACGCGCACCAUUUCCUACUACACCACUGACGGAACUCUCACCCAUACUGAGUUCGGAGACUGCCCUACAAUUGCCAGCUGUGCUACCGGUACCCAAGCCACUGCUACUACGACCGCAUCAGCAGAGUAUGAAGAAGGCGUCGAAGUGCAGAUUGACGAGGCCGACGUUGAUAUCCCUGAUGACUUUGAUGGCGACGUUUCUGAUGACACCGCCCAGAGAUUUCAAGAAGUAAUGGACGAGUACUGGGCAGAUUAUGGUGUCUCAACUGGCACUGAGACGACUGCAGAGGCCACCUCUGCCACCGAGUCAAGUGAGACUACUAGCGAGACCAAGACAGAGGAAAUCACUACAACUGAUGCUACUACCGACAUAACAACCAGUGUUCCCAGUACCCUCAUCACAAUGACUCGCAACACUGAGUCUUCUCAAGAAUCAUCUGGCACUACUUCCGAUGGUACAUCCUCCGACACGAUCACGUCUAUGGCUUCAAGCACCGAGAUGCCUACGACCACCACAUCUUCACUCCGUACUUACUACCCCUGUCACCCCUACGGAGGCCCUAGAGUCGCCACUCCUUACUGCCAGUGCGAGACCACCAGCGAUGGUAAGCAUAUGGUUGCAACGGCGCCUAUGGUCUCAGACGCUUGCGAUGUCUAUACCGAGUUUCCUGCCAGCCUUUACACCACUCCACCUCCCGCUCCAACACCAACCAUCUUCAACGAGCGGUACACUAUGACCGAUGCAGGUACCGUCCUGGUAUGGGAGUCAUAUUCUCUCCGCGAGUGGAAGAUCAUGGGUCACCCCGUUACCAACACUAUCGGUCUUGGAGAAGCCUCGACCGUCUCGACACCGGUUCCCACCGCGACCGAUACCAACGGUGACGGUUCUGACAUCUGCACCAGUAUCGAUAAGAACGUCCGCAACGCUCUGUCCGGUGCCUGUGACAGCGCUUUGGACCAGUUUGAGGAUGAUACCAUCUACGACAAGUAUACUGGACGUUACUCUCAGAUGGGCAGCAUUCUGAAAGCAUUGACUUUCGGCAAGGCGAGCUGCAUUGUCCAGUUCUCGUGCGAUGACUAUGGCAUUGGAAUGAAGGGUAGUGACAUCAAGAAAAUUCGCGAGGACAACCGGGACGACGUUGGUCGAUGUGGUAAUAUUUAUCUAUCCAACUCGUGCAAAAUUCACUUGGAUUACUGCACAGAGUGUAAGAAGGAGAACUAA